AUGGGUCGCGGUCGUCGCCCCAACAUGGCCCUAGAGCCGACACGCGCUCUCCAGACACAGCGCGCGUUUCGACAGCGCAAAGCCGACCAUCUCGCCAAUCUGGAGGAGAGCAUCAAGACGCUGAGCGAAGAGAAUGCUAAGCUACGGAAGCUGCUCCAUCUCGAAUCGGCGUCGUCUUCACUCGUCGCUGAUGUCAAGGGAAGCGCUUCGCCUUCGGUGGCAUCGACGGCGCCACAAACAUCAUCGCCCUACGUCUCGAUAGCCCCGGCAAAGGGAGCACCUACACCUUCCUCAUCGUCCGACUCUCCGGCAGCAGCAGCGGCGACGUGCGACAACUGCGGUCCGAUCCAACAAGCCAAUCGACAGCUCGCAUUGGCUGCGAGUCAGGUGGAAGCACAGAUGGCUGAUCUGCAGCAGAGCAUCAAGGCGUUGCGCAGUGUUCUGAUGCACCAUGGCAUUCCCAUCCCAUCCCCAAUGGCAGGCUAUGCAGCAGAGGUGGGCAGCGUCGACGAGGCAGCGCUUCAUCGUGCCAAGAGGUAUCGUACCAGCGAGUCAGCUAUGCACCAACAAGCGGAUCAGAUGGCAUCAUAUCCAAGCGGGGUACAGAUGACGCCCUCCUACUUCAACUCCUCUGCCGCCUCUGCUGCAGGACCGUCGUCAGCAUCCUCUGUCACAGCAGCACACGAGCAAUACGCUGCAUCGCGGCGCAUACCGUCAACAGCAUCGGCCAUGGCGGCAUCUGGAGCAUGGCAUUCCCCAAGCCCCUCUGCCGUCCUCUCUGCUCCAUCUCCGCCGGCGACUGCGUUCAGCCCUCGCCACGCCUAUAGCUCGUACAACAGCCCUUCCGCAACCAUGACCUACCCUGCACCACCGACCUUGGACGAGGGAUAUCGACGUCCGCCAGCUAGGCAGAACUCUGGCAACAGCAGUGGCGGCGGCGGUGGCGGCAGCGCAAGAUCGCAUCUACCGGGCCCGUCGAGCAUGUCACCCGCCAGGCAAAAUGCGCAUCUGCCACAAUGGCCUCUCCCAAGCACGGCAGCAGCUGGUACCAGGCCGCACGCCUUGCCCGCGCCAGGUCAUUCAUACCGCUCGUCGAGUCAUAGCAGCGUACCAGGCAUGGAUGCGGAUGGAGGCUACGUGCGGACAUAUUCGCAAAGGAGGCCGGACGACCAUGGGGCGUCGAACUAUGCGACAGCGGGAGCGUCACCGAAUCACUCGUAUCCUUCGCAGUAUCCCACCUCGUCCUCAUCACCGUAUGCGAACGGGUCGGUACAUUCACCGCGGGCACGGUUGGCUCAUUCGCCGAGGGACAGCGGACGUUUUGGUGAAGAGGCGUAUGCGGAUCGAUCGAUCCCACAAGCGGCGCCGGCCAAGAACAGCCCGACAUGUGCACCCGCGAAAAAGUCGUGUUGCCCGCCUCGCAACGACGCGAAUCAGGCCACCGAGCGCAAAAUCGCGUGCUCGACCAAUGCGACCGACGACAAACCCGUAGCUGCGACAGCUGCGGCAGCAUCCGAGCCGAAAGAGGACGAUUGCUGCUACGGCUUCGUACAGUGCGAUGUGGACGGUGACAAGCCCGCCCCCGCUCUACAGGCAGUAUCGACGGCGAAGGAGACAGACUUGGACGGGCUCAAGCUCAAGGAGGACGAAUGCUGUUUCGGUCUGGUCAAGUGCGACGCUGAAGGCCGGAUCAUCAUGUGA